AUGUCAGACGUCCUGGUUCCGGAGACGAGAGUCCUGGCCGUAGCGAGCCAUGUGGCCUAUGGCCAUGUGGGUAACACCAUGGCGGGGUUUGUCAUGCAGUCCUUGGGAUGUGAGGUGGCCGCCUUGAAUACCGUCAAUUUCAGCAAUCACACUGGCUAUCGCCAAUUCAAGGGCACUCGUGCGACCGCACAAGAGAUCACAGAUCUCUAUCAAGGUCUAUGUCAGAGUAACCUGACAGACUUUGAUGUCAUGCUGUCGGGAUACGCUCCAAGUGCAGCGGCCGUGGAGGCUGUCGGUGCCAUCGGGAUCGAUCUGCAAAAGAAGGCCGAGAGCAAGCCAGGCUCUUUCUUCUGGGUACUGGAUCCGGUCAUGGGCGAUCAGGGUCGUUUGUACGUUAACGACGACGUGGUUCCUGCAUACAAGAAGAUCAUUCAUCACGCCGAUCUGAUUCUCCCUAAUCAGUUCGAAGCCGAAGUGCUUUCCGGUAUCAAGAUUACAUCUCUGGCCACGUUGGCGGAGGCUAUCACGGCCAUCCAUAAGAUUUAUUCAGUGCCGCAUGUGAUCAUUACAUCCGUACAACUACCUGGAUCUGCCACCGUAGAAUCGUCACCCAGCUCAUCGCAGAACUUCUUGACCAUCAUUGGAUCGACCACCAGAUCGAACGGUACGCCGCGGCUGUUCCAAGUGGAUGUGCCCGCCCUGGAUUGUUUCUUCAGUGGAACGGGCGACAUGUUCGCGGCAUUGACGGUGGCUCGACUGCGCGAGGCUGUGGUCAAUGCAGGUGAUGAUCUUCUUCACACUCGUUCCUGGGUGUCCCCUGACGAUGUGCCUGCGAACGAGCUUCCCUUGGCCCAGUCGACCAUCAAAGUCCUAUCCAGCAUGCACAGCGUCCUCGAGCGGACCAUGGAGGCUCGAGAUGCCGAGCUUGCAAAGGAGGCCUCGAAGCCAUGUGGAGCGACUAGUCCAGAGGAACAGCAAAAGCGCGAGCAUCUGCGUCAGACCAAGGCUGCUGAAGUGCGAUUGGUUCGCAACACUAAACUAUUGAGAGAGCCGCUCACUCAAUUUGAGGUGCAAGUGCUCCGUAAAGAAGACGUUGCCAUCGAUAGAUGUUAG